AUGGUGCAGGCGAUGCCUCAAAUCCUGAAGAGCAAAGAAGUGAAUCAGAUCUUGCGAGAACCUGCGCGACGGCGUGCCAAAGGGCUCAAAGAGCUGGUUCGCAUUGCCGAGGAAGAGCCUCAUCGGCUGCAGGUGCAAAGAAGUUGCUAUACCAAGGUGAUCCGAGCCUUUGGUCAGGGCAAGAGAAAAAUGUGGCGCGAGGCCCUUUGGUUCCUCACGAAAUGCCGAGACUUUCUCAUCAAUGAUGACGUGCUCAUGUACAACACGGUGUUGCAGGUCCUGGCUACAGGUAGCCACUGGUUCCCAGCAAUUACGCUGUUGAACAACAUGUUGGUUUAUGGUCCUUUCCCGGACAUCGUCAGCUUCAAUACCGUGCUCAGUAGCCUGAAGUUCAGCAGGCUUUGGCAGAGGAGCCUUCAUGUGUUGAACGCCUUGCCGCAAGCCUCGCUGGACGCCAACGAGAGGACCUACAGCAUUUGCCUGGCUGCGCUAAGUUCCGCUGGUGCUGAUGUGGUCAAGGACGUGAUUGGUGAAAUGAGGGAAAGCGCUGAUGGCAAUGUGGUGCGCACUGUGUUGCUUGGUGAUCAGCACGGAGAGGUGACUGGGCCGACCGGGGCGGGAGAUCCCGCCCGGCGCAAACUGGCCCUGAAACCUCCCAGGAGACACGGCACCGAUCCUGGAGAGCGACCUUUGAAUCCAUUGGCAGAUAUUGGUGGGGCACUGGGACCUGGAGUGACGUCACUCGCCUACAAGGCCAAAGGCCCUACAUCCCAACGUGGAGAGGGCCUGGUACCAGCAACCCCUGGACAGCACAGUAUGUCCAGAGGGAGGAGGCGCCCGAGGCGGGUUUCCCGCCCGGGCGAAGGGCCGGAACAUGGCCCGAGCGACCGGCAUGACGACUCCGAAACCGAGUCUGAAGCGGAAGUCGGACCCACGGACCAACCUUGCCAGGCGGAUCAAAUCGCUAUUGAUUCCAGUGGCAAAGUGACCUCGCUGGCCAUGGAACCGUGUCGAGACAUUGCGAGGGGUCAACCGGUUUGCCUCCUCAGUGCAGAUAGGGCGAGCAGCUGCCUUGAUGGGCUGCCUAGUCUUGCAGACGGCACCUCAGGAUUCCACGCCUGUGAAUAUCACCGAUCGAUGUACCAGGGCUCGUUAGUCAACAGGGCGUGCGCGGUGCAAGGCUGCCUUAAUUCAGCCACCAAGAGAAAGGAAGGCGUCCUCCUGUGCAGGUUACACAACGCCAAGGAAGAAAAACCACUUGGAAGCAAGACUACCCCACAAGCUACCACUAGGAGACAGCCCAGGGCAGGGAAUGGAUCAGAAGCGGUUCCUAGCACACUCAAGGCCGCUUCGCCUUUGGCAGUAGACAGCCAAGCAGCACCAAGCUCGAGGGCAGAACCAGCUGACCUAGCCGAGCUGAUGGUGGAACUUCUCCAAGGGAAGGACUCGGAGUCAGCCUUCCGUUCUUUGGCAAGCUCUCGUGAAAAAUGGCAUGAGCCCGAAUUCCGUGCAGAUCUUAGCCGAAUGGCGAAAGAAUAUAUUGCUCGACAAGAAGAAAAAGGGGGGGAGCCCUCCAAAGCGUUGAGAGCCCUUAAACACUUUGUGGCACCCACCCCCCUUGGGCAACACAGCCAAGACAGUGACCCCGUCGUUACGCUCCUAGAAGCCAGAGAGACCGUAGAAGAUCUACGAACCAAUACUCAGGAUCAAGAGCCGCGACGCACUGUGGGCGACAUGCCGGAGCCCCAGGUGACUAUGGCACAAGCCCUCUUCCGACCAAAGGAGCCAGGGACCACAAGCUUCCCGGGGCCGGUAUCCGGCCCGGGACAUGGUGGCCUCGCCUCGAGGCUCGUACCGAGCCCGGGAGCGGUUGACCUCUUUCCCGGAACGGCCCAUGCGUUGCCCCCUCUGUCAGGCCAAGGCUUGGGAGCCUUCAGGCCCUAUCAUGCCGGGGCUUAUACUGACCCGGGACCGCCCGCCCUUGAUGAGGCAUCUAAGGCCCUGCAGACUAUUGCUAAAGCCAUAUCCUCCAAGGACGAACCCUCUGGUCAAGAACGGGGCAAGCUUUCUUCUAUUGGCAAAACUGAAGAGCGCUUGGUCUUCUUGGCCCGGGGGUGUGACACCCUUACCGUGCACAUCGGGGAGGCGACGGUAGGCAAAGACCUAUAUCAUGCCCUAAGGUCUAUGGCUUCGCAGAACAGACCUCUUCUCCGCGAGAUUGGGUAUCCGGUCAACAUCAGCAACCGGAUUGCCUUUGGAAUUUCGAAUGCUUUGCGACAGGCCUGGGCCCUCGCGUGCGCUUUCGGGGCUGAAUUUUACGCAAGCUGGGAGAGCGCUGCUGCGCAGCUCCUUAAGCUUGGUGAAGAAUACACCCACGCUUGGCCCUUACAAGCCGUCCUCAGCACUUGGGAGGAACUCUGGGGCCGCUUCGUGGAAGAGCUCAGGGCCAUCGACCGCAGCGCGCGACGGGAAAUGCAAGAUGAGAGUCCCAGUUUCGACAGACUGCGCUUCUUUGCCACUUCACCUGGGGCCGACGGGACGCCUUGGCUCAGGUUGCCACAGACCUUUGACUUGCAGGCCUUGGGAGAGUACUUCCAAACCGACAUUGUCCCCCGUCAAAGGCGGCUUCUUGAUCGAGCCUGCUGGAACAUGGCAUUCAAACGCCCGUCCCUAGCAGGGGGAAGGGCAGGUGAAAACGCGGAUAACGCAGCGGGAAAUUUGGGAGAUGGCGCUAAAGCCGGAAACCAACACACUCCAAAACCCAAUGCCCCAAAGGAAGUUGGUCAGCUGCUCGGGUCUCCGCUGACGCCCAAAGAAGUCAGCCGAUCCAUGGACCAUCGACCCAAGGAUCGAACAGGCAAAUACCUUUGUUGGGACCAUUUUUCCCACCGCAAAUGCGCAAAAGGCAAAGACUGCCCCCAUUCACAUGUCGGGGGAGCCCCGAAGUGGGACACCCUCGAUUGGAGCAUUCAGAUGCAGCUAUUGCGCCGAGGCGGGCAUCCCGCCCGGGCGAAGCUGAAAGCAGGUCAGGUCGACGCUGCAGUUGAAACUAUUCGCAAGGAGCAGGCAGCGAAGCUGGCUACGAACGUACAGGAAGGAAAAAGGGCCAAAGAGCGAGAAACCUCUAAGAGGGCAGCCGGACCACCAGAAGACCCCCCUGAAAGCCACACACAAUAUCGUAACGAUACGAGGGCUGGUUGGGUCUCUGCCCCCGGAGGGCUGAACAACUUCGCACCCACCGACAUGGAGGCGCCACUUGCCUCACUGAUGGGAGGGCAGGCAGAAACCAGUUGGACUGCCGAUCAUGCAAGCCCUGCCGCACGCACGGCCCAACUGGUCGUCCCGCACGAUCAGCCGGAGGCGGGGGAGAGGCUGAGACAUAUGCAGGUCAUUGACGACACCUUGCAGCUCCCCGAAAUGCCCCCGCAUCUGGGCGUGUAUCUUCGGAAUCGGGUGCUCACUGACGCCGCUGCCCAGCCUCAGGCUGCUGAUAUCCAAAGGUAUCUGGAAGAAGCGGUUCAGGAAGGAAGCGCAGAACUGGCCGCAGAAGCCACCGAGUUCUUACAAACCUAUCCGGACUUGCGGGUAGGGUCUGUCUCGCACCGCGGGGAGCUCAGUGUCCUGUCUGCAGACAGCAAUUUGGGGGCCGCUACCGGGACCUUCACCUGGCUCGAUACCACUUAUCACGUCUAUGAUUAUGGAACCCAGGCAAUGUUUUUCCUCCACGUGGCGGCUGGCCUGCUCACUAGAAAGUCCGGAACCCCGCCUACUUACGAGGAGACGUGUGUGCAGGCUCUGGCCCUUCAGCGCGAAAUGCACCACUCCGCGGAAGAAUGCCUUCAAGCCCUAGGGCCCGAGCCUGAUCAGUGCACCCAAGCGGAGGACGACCUGCGCACUUUCGCGCAUGACGCUCUCUAUUACGGCCAUGAUAAGGAUUAUCGAUGUUUGGCUGCUCUUCCCCUGUCGGCCGCCGAUGAGCGCACCUUUUGUCUCGUCCGCAUGGACGACUGGCGCCGGGUCACUUGUGAGGUCAUUCAAGGGGUUAGUUCCUGCGCCACACCUCGGAGCCUCGUUUGGCUUCUGGUCCACCAAGGUCACAUGCGCCUGCUCGUUCCGCCCAUGGACCGGGCUUUGCCUACCGGAGCCCGCGUAGUCUCGGCUGCCGGUUGGGAACUUCACCUAGAAGCGGCUCUGACGCACGGGGCACGCCUUCGCGCCCGUGCCGCCAAACCCUGCCCUCGGUGCUAUUCGGAUCCACACCGUCGCACCGGUCGUGCUGCCGGCGUUUUUGGCUUAUAUCCCUUUCCGUCCCCGCCACCCGUAGGCACUCGCACGGGGGCACCUGCUUGGGAAGACACCGAGCCCUCCCCGUCGCAAUGGUCUAGGCAGGACUUGGCUUCCUGGCUUGGCGCCGAUCUUCCUGAUGGGACUCCCCCUGAUCUCUUUGAUCUGGCACCGCCCCCUUUCUCGGUAUCUACCGGGGUUACGCAGGCCGGAGGCCUCGCUCUUCGUUUCCCGCUUGAAGACGACCUAGCCCUCCGGUGUGGAGCGACCCGCUCUAAGCUUCGAGCCGUUAUCACUCUCCUUCGCCCACGACACCUUUGGCUUACCCUGCCCCUCCACCCCUUUGGAGGCUGGGGCCGUUUUGAAUCGUCUCGCGGCAAGGAUGCUUCCCCCGGCUCUGGAUGUGGCCGCCGCCACCUGGACUUCCUCUUGGACCUAGGCCGCCUUCAAUCCCUGUCCGGGGGCACCUUCAGCGUGCUCCACCAUCUUACCAGCACCGCGUGGCGGGAACCGGCAGCUGUCGCUCUUUUGGCUUCUGUCCCACGGGCGCGGCUCCUGCUCGGCCCGCCCUGCUCCCCGAGGCGCGUUUCGCGCCCGGGGCCGGCUUGCGGCGAGCCGGUCACGCUGCCCUUCGCCUCCCCUUUGGGGACGCCUCCGGGGCGCACCUGGGGCGGGGGGGGGGCGGGGGCUUCGCUGCUCUCCUCGCUCAGCAAAAGCGAUGUCUAUGGGCUUCGAGGGCCACUGCAGGACCCUCCUCCAAAGCAAACGGAGGAAGCGGCGGGCGCCUACCUUGAUUUUUUCCAAGGCAAGGAUUUUACGAAGGAAAACUUUGCCGAGGCGGCCCAACAGGGGAGCAGACUCCUGGAGGUCGCAGGAGGAUGGAAGGAGGCGCUGAGGGCCAUUCGACGGCAUUGGGUCCGGACACACGGGGAUCACCUCGCAGGACUUCACAGCGACUUUUUCGAAGGAUUGGUUCACCCAGCUAUCUUGGAGAGGGCCAGGCACGUGGCCGUUUGGGGAGUCUCCGCAGAAGCAGAUUUGGAAGAGACCCAAAGGGUGCAAAGCGCCCCCCAUCCUAGCCUGAAGGAGCACAUCGAAGAAGCCGCCAAGCAGCUUUGGGAGGACGCCGCCAAGGGGCGGUCCCUUCUUUGUUACGACAAAGGAGAAGGACUGGAAGGGGUGAUUUCCGUCCCUAUGGCCCGUGUACCAAAGAUGAACCCAGACCGGAGUAUCUCCGAAAAGGGCCGCAUUAUAUGGGACGCCACCCCGAUAAACAAGUACUGCCACAAAACACGCCACCCACCUGCGUUGCAACCACGUCACCAGGAAGUGGCUCGCGCGAUCCUUUGGUGGAGGCUUCGGUUUCCCCGAAUCAGGAUCCUGCUCAGCAAAAAGGACGUGGCGGAGGCCUUCAAAUGGAUCCCCCUCAAAUUGGAAGACGCCAAGCUCUUCGCAGCUGAUGUCCCUGCUGAAUUCACUCAGACUUCGGAGGGGACCACGUUGAUUUAUAGUUUUUUGACGUUUGGCUGGUGUGGUGCUCCGGGUGAGUACAUGCACUUCGCCUGGGUUAUCAAGUCAGCGCACGGGUCGUUCGCUCCGGACAAUCACCGGUGGGAAGAUGACGUUCCCUUCCAUUCCUUCGUUCUCAUGGACGACACCGUUCUGAUCGAGCCGGAGUUGGGCUUCAGGCCGCAGCUCUCUGUCGCCCUAUCCGAAUAUGUCACAAAGGCCACCCUUGGGGAGGGCAGUAUCAAUGCUGCGAAGGACGCUCUCGAAGGUAGGCUUGAAUGUCGGAAAUUGAUAUGGGGGCUGGUGUAUGACACCCAGUCCUACACUCGCAGCCUCCCUGCGGCAAAGCUGGAGAAGGCGUACCAUCUUUUGCACCUCCCUGAUUUCGAUAGUGGGUGUACCCAUGUGCCUCUUCGUCUUGUCCAGGAGCUGAGGGGAAACCAGCAGUUUUGGCUGGCGGUGCUUCCAGGGCUCAGUCCCUACUUAGGGGCGACGAAUGACCUCCUGGGAGAUGCAACCCCCCACAAGUUGGCGGCCGUGGAUUGGGAAGCCAACGUGGCGGUAGUGGAGCCGGCGGAAUCCGUGUGGGAACGCCUCCGGCGGUUUUGCGCCGAGCACGACCCGGAGCUUGCAGCUGCGGAGGAGGAGACGUCGACCGUCACCGAGGCUCGUUCUGAGCCCGGAGACGGGUUGAUGAUUUCGCUUGCUGAGCUUUUGGCCGUCGUGUCGUUGGCGUGUCUGAGAUGGAAGUCCUGGAAGGGAAAAAUUGUCAUCUACGCCGGAGACAACAGUAAUGUUAUCUCAUGGCUAGCCAAAAGACACGCAGGACCACCAGCAGCUCGGUUCCUUCUACAACUUCUGGCGGCACUUGAGACAGUUGGAGGCUUCCGCUUGCACGCCGAAUAUAUCCGGACCUAUCACAAUCAAGUCGCGGACGCUCUCACGCGGGAAGAAGAAGGGCCGGUUCUAUCAGCUUGGAACCUGGAACGAAAGGAUUUCUCCGAAGUCCUCCUUGCCACGCUGGACAGGGGGUGGACCCGUCGGGCCCUGCUAUGGGAUGGAAUGGACCAUGAGGACCAAGCCUCCGCCCUGCACAUGGGGUUGAGACGACAUCCGGAAGGCCCGCAGGGGCUUCGAUUCCCAUUGCGGCCAGGCAUUGUCUGCUGUGAGCUUGGCCCGGAGCCCCGCGUGUACCACUUGGAGUUGCUGUCCAGAGGUUUGAAAAUGCAGGAGCCCGGCCUAUUGGCUGACGAAGAGGCGGUCUGCGUUUUCUAUUGUGUCGGAAGGGACGAGGUUGCCACCGCGUCCAGCCUUGCCCAACAAGCCCAAGGUCUCCAGCCCAAGGGGAUAUGGGCCGACUCCAUCUCCUCUCUUGGCCUGAAAAGCGCUCAGGCUAGGUUACAAGAGAAUGGAUGGCAAACCCGGGUGGUACUCGUCAGCGGCCGGACACUCCAAGAUCAGUGUUGGUGGAAGCGAUGGAUUCUCCUUGCCGUCCCUAGGGGCGCGCAGAUGCCAGACCUUCCGUGUUUGACCGCGGAUGACGAGCCCGACACUGCCCCGCUGCACACAUACCCCACGGAGUGGCUUCUGGAGGAUCAAAAAGUCCCGGGUGACCUCUGGGUUCAAGACGAACCCGGACCGGCUGCGGGGGCCGAGGCUCGCUCCGAGCCCGGUCAACUCCCAACCGACAGAAAGGUCGGGAUUUGCGAAUUGCCUUGGGAAUCCGCAGCGCGGGAGGCGCUCAUGGUUGGAGGGAAGCACAAAAAGCAGAGGAAGAGUGGCAAAAAGAUGGAAUGGCAGGAGGAGCUGUCAAAAGCCAUGUCUCGAUGCCUCAGGCACGAAGCAGAAUGUAUAACAGAAGACGGCUGGGUGGAACUGCCCGACCUCCUGGAAUACCUCCGUAAGCGCCUGAACUGGCAGGAGAAGUAUUUCACGGAGCAGGUCAUCCGGGACGCCGUGGAGGAGAACUUUAAGCAGCGGUUUGUUGUCAGAGAAAGCGACGGCCGCCCAUACAUGGCGGCAUGGUCGGGCCACACCAUCGACGGUGUCUAUGGGCCGGGGGCAAGGGUAGCUCCCGAAGACGUCCCCCCGACACUGGUGCAUGGAACGUACCGUCGCCAUGUGAAGUCGAUCCAGGAAAAUGGGCUCCGGGGCGACAGACGGAUGGCUCAUCUGGUCAAUCCAGAUCAGGCGUCGGGCAAGUGGAGGUCGGACUUGGAGGUGAAGAUUCCCGUCUCUACUAAGGCUGCGAUGGAGUCCGGGGUCGUCUUUUACGUCACGGGGAAUUCUGUGUGGCUUGCCAGCGGAACAAUCCCGCCGGCAGCCUUGGGCGAUGUCUCGGACUGGGACACAGCCGAGUUUUGGUACGCUGCAGAGGGACCCAAAAAGAGCCUGAAAGGGGCGUCCGCCAGCAGUCAGGUGGGGCCCGUGCCGCAGCACCGGGGGGAGCCCAGCUCCAGCAAUCAAGGCAAGAGAGGUCGGCGUCGGGACGAGUGGGUGGAGGAAGAAGAGCCACGCAAUUCUGCAAAGCUCAACCUCGCUGCCUACCGCUCGAUAGCCUGGCCCCCGUCCAAAGCUCAGGAGAAAGACCCCAGGGAAGAGCUCGCCCGAACUGCGUCCGACCUGGCGGCGGCGGUAGCUGGCUUGGCCUGCCAAGAAGGCGAAGAGGAGGUCAACGUUGAUCCGGAUACUCUGAAGGCGGACGUCGUUGUUAUCUCGGAGCCUGACUGGGGCGCCUCCGACCCGGAAAUCCAGGAGGCGCUCGUGCCAAUGACAAAGCUGGAGGAAUCCCUCGAGGUCAAAACCGAGGCUCGGUCCGAGCCCGGGGAGACCUUACAGGAAGCUGGCCCCGCUGCUCCCGCGACCAAGUUCGAAGAGUUGCCUGUUGCCAAAGCCGAGGCUCGAUUCGAGCCCGGUGAGGCCCUGCAGGAGGCUGCCCCGGGCGUCAAAGCCGAAGAAGAACUUCGCCCAUCUGCCCCUAAUCCAGCUCAGGCGGCCGGUCCUGGGGAAGCCCCGGCUGCUGACCCGCAGCCCACGCCCGCUGCUGGGAGUGUUAAAGGGGAACCCGAUGCCCGUGCAGAAGCGCCGGUGAGCCCGAAGAGUUCCGAUGCCUGCAUUCCAUCCAAGAUGUCCGACAGGUUGCUGCAGGAAAUCGCUCGGGCUGACGAAGCGAACUGGCAGAACCUCCAAGAAUCCCUCGCCAAAGCGGAAGAGGAUGGGUCGACCAAACAAGAUUUGAUAGACGACCUGUCAAGGCUUACUGCGCAGCGAAAAGAAGCUGCCGAAGGGAUACAGCAAAGUUUGGAAACCGAGAUCCAACGCAUCAAAGAUGCAGAGGAUGAAGACAAAAGUUAUCUCGAAGCCUUGGACGCUCAGGGAAGUUACAUGCGAGAAGUGGAAAGGAGAAAUCCGGUGCGGCCUUCUAAAGCCGUCAAAGUCCUCAAGUCUGCCCGGCUCGACCUCGAGAUUGAAGCAGGCAUCAGCGUUUGGGUGGCUAGGCGCCGGGAGAAAGGCAGACAGAGGGCACGUAUGCACCGUGAGAGAACUCAGGGAGGCGAAGCUAAUCCCUCCGCUGAACCUCUCGAGUCCCCUGAGGCAGCAGCAGCCGCACGAAAGGAAGCCGCGCGAAAGGAAAUUCAAGACUUCCGAGCCUCACUGCUGCAGGCCGAUGGCCAACCAAGGAAAUUUCGAAGAGCCCCAGACUCGCAAAGACGAAAGGAAGCGAAGAGACUGAGGCGCCAAACUCGUCGAAAUGACGACGCUAGUAGAGACACCAACCACGCCAUCGCGCACGCCUACCCAUUAGGUGGAGAAGUGGUGGUGAGGCAGACUACGCUGUGGCCUGCAGGGCAAGGUGUCAGGCCGAGUCUACCAAUCGAACUGUUUGGAAUCUUGGUAGCAGCUUCCUUGUUCCUUGCCGUGGGAGCCUGCCUUGCUAUCCGGCGAUGGGUACACGCCCGCCCUUCCAUGGGGCAAGCAAAUUCCCGAGGCCCUGUUUCGGGCCCGGGAAAGAACAACAAGAUGCCGAAUCCGCUCCAAGGCCCAACGUCGGGUCAAAUAUCGUCUGAGCGCACUCAUACCGAAAUUCUGCCCGACGCCAGCCGAGGCUUGGUUUCGAGCCCGGUGACCCCCGCCCCGCCCCCUGCGGCGGAGCCAACCUACGGGCGUCGCAUCCGGCUAGAAGCCGGGACCGUUGAUCCGGAAGGAAUCCCGCGGUGGCAUCGUUCCGAGUGUCUUAGGCCAGGACCCAGUCGAUGGGUGGAGCCGUGCAAAGAUUGUGCCGGCCAACCGGGGUAUGUGCAGCCUUCCGGAGCCGCCCACGUGACUCUGAGCGGCGAGAGGUGGCAUCAGGAAGGGUGCGGUCACAUCCGGGGCCGCAGACAGAUCCGCUACGAACGGUGUCUGUGUCCCCCGGGUGAGGCUAGCACGACGGUGGCCCGGCGAAAUCCCCGACAAGGUGUUCGACAGCGGCGAGUCGACGACGCCAAUCGGGACACCAACCAUGCCAUCGCCCACCUCUUCUGUGGAGAAUUUGGGCUCCUCAUCCUGGCCUUGUUAUACCUCUUCGGAGUCCUGCAUGCUUGUUUGCGGGCCGGGAGCGAAGAGAUUUCACGGGAGCAAAAAGACGAGAGACGCGUGGGAGGCUCCACUACCAGGCGGGUACGCUUCUCGCCUUAUUUGGAAAGCUUGGAAGAAGACAUCCACCCGAAGGAGGCGCCGACCAUUCAGCAGGGGGUGAAGAACAGACCCUGUCGCAGCCCGAAGGCAGUCAGAGAUCUCCUUGGGCACAAGACCCCACAGCUUGGCUUACCCCUGAAGAAUCGGCAAGACUAUCAACAGGAAGCUGUCAAUGUUGCUUUGGACAGGCUAGCCCUGACGACUCGUCGGACGUAUGCCGCGCAGUUGAAAUGGUGGCGCCUGUUUUGUGCUCGGCGCCAGGUGCACUGGCUCCUGACUGGGGUGCCGGCGGACGAAGAUCUCAUCAUUGACUAUUUGCUUCACUGUGCCGUCAACGAACAGCGUGCCCCGGGAACUUUGAAACUGCGUCUCGCUGCCGUCCGAAGCAUCCAUGUGACGCUGGGGCUGCCAGAUCCCUUAGAAGGAAGAAACCGGGUAGCGAUGGCCCUGGCAGGCCUGAGAAGGCGGUACAAGACGCCGCUCCCGUGA